AUGAAUAAUUCUAAUCGUGAGUGGACGUAUGAUAGAAUAUUGGAAGAUGAAUUUAUAAAUCCUAGGUUUAUUGAUGGGGUUGAGGACUUCGUUGCAUUUGCUAAAAGACAUCCACAAUGCAUGGAUGGUGGAAAGUUAAGAUGUCCUUGUAAUCAUCGUAAGUGUCGCAAUAAAAACAUUUUGGAUGAGUUUACAGUCAUGUCACAUCUUGGGACUUUCGGCUUUGUACCGGGUUAUUACUGUUGGUAUCACCAUGGAGAAAGUUAUCCAUAUCCAAGCGUGCUUAAUGAUCAUCCAGGAGAAGCUUUGGGUGAAACUGUGAAUUCUCAGUCUGAUAAUGCAUUUCGGUCUAUGGUUUUUGAUGUUGCUGGGCCUUCUUAUGAUGGCAACUUGGAAGAAGACCCAAAUCCAACAGCACAACAUCUUUAUGAUUUGCUCAAAGCAUCAGAACAGAAAAUUUGGGCGGGAAACCCACACGGACAUUCACAAUUAUCUGUCGUUGCUCGUUUAUUGAAUCUAAAGGCAGAACAUCAUUUUUCUGAAAGGUUGUAUGAUGAGUUAUGUCAAUUUCUAUCAGAAUUGAUGCCAACUGACAACAUAAUGACAGGUACCUUCUAUAGUACCAAAAAGCUAAUGCGAGGAUUGGGUUUGCCGGUGGAGAAGAUUGACUGUUGCAAAAAUAGUUGUAUGAUUUAUUGGCGUAAAGAUAGUGAACUUUUCAAUUGCAAGUUUGGUGCUCACACUCGAUUCAAGAGAUCAAAACAUCGACGUUCCAAGCAGAAGACUAAUAUUUCUUAUAAGCAGAUGUCUUAUUUUCCUUUGACUCCGCGUCUGCAAAGGUUGUAUGCAUCUAAUGCUACUGCAAAGCAUAUGAGAUGGCAUUCUGAGCAUGAAAGGGAUGGUGUCAUGCGUCAUCCCUCAGACGCUCCUGCUUGGAAGCAUUUUGAUCAGGCAUAUCCAUGUUUUGCAUCCGAAGUAAGAAAUGUUAGAUUGGGUUUGUCUACUGAUGGGUUUCAACCGUUUGGUCAAUCAGGCAGACAAUAUUCUUCUUGGCAUGUGAUAGUUAUGCCAUAUAAUUUGCAACCCUGGAUGUGCAUGAAGGAUGAUUACAUGUUUUUAUCUGUGAUUAUUCCUGGUCCAAAAAACCCAAAACAAAAAGUUGAUGUCUUCUUGCAACCCCUUAUUCAUGAGUUAAAUGAAUUAUGGGAGGAGGGAGUCCAAACAUAUGAUGUUUCAAGUAAGAAUAAUUUUCAAAUGAAAGUUGCAUUGAUGUGGACAAUAAGUGAUUUUCCAGCGUACCUCAAUGUUGUCGGGUUGGAGUACAGCAGGAAAAUUAGCUUGUCCUUAUUGCAAGGAAGACUCAGAUGCUUUUUCACUAACCAAUGGUAG